AAAGUGACCAAGCAUAUACAUUUCGUAUUUAAUGUUUUCAGGUAAAGGGUUGAGUUUAUCAAAAGUCUUUAUAUAUACAUAUAGUUGCCUAUAUAUAGUGAUCCAUUAUGAGAGAAUCAAAGUAGAGAAUAAUAGAGGAAAUGGGUAAGAGCAAGGUUCUUGUUGUGGGGGGCACUGGGUAUAUUGGGAGGAGAAUAGUGAAGGCAAGCCUAGAACAAGGGCAUGAAACCUAUGUUCUUCAGCGUCCAGAGAUAGGUCUUGACAUUGAGAAGGUGCAGAUGCUGCUUUCAUUCAAAAUGAAAGGAGCUCAUCUUGUAGAAGCUUCUAUCUCUGAUCAUCAGAGCCUUGUGAAUGCCAUUAAACUAGUUGAUGUUGUAAUUUGCACAAUGUCUGGGGUUCAUUUUCGGUCUCACCACUUAUUGCUGCAGCUCAAACUUAUUGAGGCCAUCAAGGCUGCAGGGAACAUCAAGCGUUUCUUGCCUUCGGAAUUUGGGAUGGACCCAGCACUUAUGGGAAAUGCACUUGAACCAGGAAGAGUCACAUUAGAAGAGAAAAUGACAGUGAGGAAAGCAAUUGAAGAUGCCAACAUCCCUUUCACUUACGUCUCUGCUAAUUGCUUUGCCGGAUACUUCGUUGGUAACCUCUCUCAAAUGGGGACCCUUCUCCCUCCACGAGACAAGGUGCUUCUCUAUGGUGAUGCCAAUGUCAAAGCUGUUUUUAUGGACGAAGAUGAUGUUGCCACAUACACAAUCAAGACAAUUGAUGAUCCUCGAACAUUAAACAAAACGGUAUACCUGAGGCCACCAGAAAACAUUCUCACUCAAAGAGAGCUAAUUCAGAAGUGGGAGAAAGUAUCAGGAAAGCAACUAGACAAGUCUACCAUAUCUGCACAAGACUUUCUUGCUUCCAUGAAAGGUUUGGACUAUGCAAGCCAAGUGGGAGUGGUGCAUUUCUAUCAUAUUUUCUAUGAAGGGUGUUUGACAAACUUCAAAAUAGGAGAAGGUGCAGAAGAAGCGUCAGAGCUUUAUCCAGAAGUCAAGUACACACGCAUGGAUGAAUACAUGAAAGUCUAUGCGUGAUGAGAUUAUAGAAUU